GAAAGAAAGCUAGAUUUGUUUGAGAGAGAAACAAUGAAUCAAAAGUUUAAAUAUUUAAUUUUAUGUCCUACUUUGUUCUAAUCCCAUUUCACAAUGAAUUGGCUUCAGACAAUCGUUUUGGGAUAUGUCUUCACUGCCAGUUUUUUAUUGGGAACGUGUGUGUUACAAGCAAUUUCAACUCAGAGCAGUGACACCACACCUGACAAUUUCAUAGGGUUCGACUCAGUCCCUGACAAGGUGGCAGAUGGCUCAGUGAUCUGUGUGCGGUAUCAGUGCUCCAGGCCAUGUCAGCUCGCAGUGGAAGUUGUGCUGUCAGCAUUAAGGAAGACAGAUUUGGUGGUCUUCAGGAGAAAAUGGAUCAGCAGAACACCUCGAGUACUCAAGAUCCAGCAGUUGUUGCUCAGAUUGCCUCCCUUUGUGUCCCAUCAUCACCACCAUUUCCACCCGAGCAUGUCAGACACCCAGAAUGUGACACUCCGAGCUUGGCUGGAUGAUUUGAAAAAAAGCAGUAAUAUCGGCUCCAUGUUGAGGAUUUAUAAAGUGCAGCAGGUUGUGCAGCUUUCACUGUGGCCGAGAUCCCCACCUGCUGGGUGCCCGUCAUGGUCCACUCAACUAAUGUGGCUGAUGUCCAACAACAGAAUUCAUCAGUGCCCUCAUGAGUCAGAUGUGAUAGAUAUGCUAAAAUUCCCCCUGGCAAGCACUGGCGAGCACUUCGGGGUGGUCCGCAGGUUCGAGCCUUUCAUCAACGGGGACCUGGAGAGAGCUCGUCUUCAUGCUGUAACAGAGCCCAGCGUCACCUUCUCCGUGUGGAUCUACCUGCUAAAAUGGUGUCAGCAGAAGCUCUGUGGGAUCAUCCAUCAUGUGGAUAAGAAACAUUUAUUUGACUCUGUGCUGAUACAAGUCUCAGAAACAGGAGACAUCAUAAUUCAGGCCCGUGUGACAACCGGUGAAGAUGAAGCAUUCCGAACCCACCUAAUGUUGCCCCUGUGGAAAUGGAUUAGAUUGGACUGUUACAUACUGGACUCAAAGGUACUGCUGAAUGUAACAUGGGAUGCAAAGAGCCACAAAUUUGAAUAUGUAUUUAGGAACACUAUUCACUAUAAUGACACAGAUGGAUACUUUGUGAUUGGAGGAGGCAGAUACAUGCCAGGCAUCCAUGGCUACUUUGGACCUUUCAAGUAUUAUCGUUUUGGAACCAAAGAGAUAGAAAAUCAGCUUCACCCCAUGUCAACAGCACAGGAGCUGGACAGGGCUUAUGUGAAGUGUCAGGAAAUAAGAACAUUUACAAAGGCUUUUCUGCAGCAAGCUGCCGAGAGUCACCUUCUGUCCCUGACCAACGAAGCCGUCUGUUCUAACAACCUUCUGAGACUUUGGGCUCAGUUUGAAAGCAGAAAGACAACAUGCACACAGACAUGGACCAUGGAAACACAACAAAAAUACAUCACACUUUUUCAUUUCCUGCAAAGAGAGGAGGAGAUUAUCCAAAAAGGACAUUUGGGUAUGAAGCACCUUGGAAGUAUUUUGUUUGAGCUAUCGGUUAGCUCUUUCUUCCUUUUUGAAGAGAAACCAAUAAAGAUCUCGUCCAAAUCGAUGACUCUGUUACAAGCAUCCUCCUGCUUUGGAAACCACAGAGCAUCUCUGUUAUUGGCCACCAUCUACCUGUCUGGCCUUGGUCACCCAGCCAAUCAAAAACAGGGUCAUGUCUAUAGUUUGAUUGGUGCCUCCAGUGAUGAUCGUUUUGCCAUGAUGCAUGCAGGGUUCAAACACACACAUGGACUUGAUGGGUUUCCUCAAGACUUGGACAUGGCUUAUGGCUACUAUUCCAACGUUGGAGCACAGAGCAGAAUCGACAGCUUGCGAGUACAUGAAUAUAAGCAAUACACACCUCAGUUUAUCUAUUUAGGUGAUGAGGAGGAUUUAGGCACCCUGACAGAUGAGUCCAGUGAUGUCUUUCAGUAUUUACGAUUUCAAGCAGAAAGGGGAGACCCGGAAUCCCAGAGACGUCUCGGAACAAUGCUUUACUGGGGACAGAAUGGAGUCUCCAAAGACAUAGCGAGCGCGGUGAAGUGGUUUGAGAAGAGUGCGAUGCAAAUGAAGGAUCCCGCGGCAGUCUACGACUACUCCAUCCUGCUAAUGAAGGGCCAAGGAGUGAAGAGAAACUAUACUCAAGGUUUUCAGCUUCUGAAAAAAGCAGCUGCAAUGGGCUCAAUUAAUGCCCUGAAUGGCUUAGGCUGGUACCAUGGGAUUGUGCUGAAGGACCACAGAAAUGCAACGAAAUACUUUGAACAAGCUGCACUAAAUGGGAGUGAUGAUGGGAUGUUUAACCUGGGAAUUUAUCAUCUCACUGGGGAAAACCCAGACAAGCCAUGGAAGAAUGAGAGCGCUGCAUUCGAGCAGUUUCUGAACGCUUCUCGCAUCGGCCACAUAGCUGCAUCAGUGGAGGUAGCGUGGUACCUUUCGACAGGAAGCCUGGAGGGGGUUUCUCAGGAUGUGGAGAGGGCUGUGAUAUUGCUGCAAAAGGUCUGCAAACAGAACGGCCACCUUGGAUUCAUGAUCAGGGAGGCUCUUCAGGCACACCUCCAGGAAGCUUGGCAGGAAGCACUUGUUAAGUACAUUUUGGCUGCUGAAACCGGUCAUGGUUUAUCCCAGAGUAACGUCGCUCACCUGUGUGAGGAGCUGGGCUUCGGUUAUGACUGUCGGUGGAGAUAUCACAACCACUCUAUAUUAAACUCUGAUCCUCAUCCAUCCAUCUUGCUGAAAAUAGGAGACUACUACUACCAUUCCUCCAGCACACAAGGGGACUCAUUAUCCUUGGCUGAGCAGGCCGUAUCAAUGUAUAGCAGAGCAGCUCGGGCGCACAGCCCUCAGGGAAUGUUCAACUUAGCCGUUUUGGCUCAAAAAGGGCACAUCCUUCCAAAGAGUGUCCUGGACUUCUUCAAUGCAUCGUGUUCUGAUGGAGUGGAGUCUGUGAUGGAGAAGAUUUUAAAAAGAUGUGCAGCGAUUGAGGAUGAUGAGGCAGUUACACCCUGUUCUUUAGCUCUGCUCGGACUCCAGAUGGGAAAAGCCUGGAGGAGUGUGACUCAGAGCCGAGCACAGCUCAUUUUGGCAUAUGCAUCCAUUGUCUCCAUGUUAGUCUUUGUAGUUGUGGUGCCAUUGCAGGGCUGUCUUGAGCAAAGAAGCAGGACAUCUGCUCUGAGGAGGAGGAGGACAGUUUCUGUCAGCCAAACAGACCAGGCAGAUGACGUGGGGAGAGCAGCAGGGAGUGUAUGGUCCACUGUACAUGACGAACAGCGGCUCAGGCAGGCCAGCGAUUUAGCUGUGACUCUAUCGGGCGUGUGCCUCUGUGCUUUCUGGACCACACUCCUCUAUCAUCUCCUACAAAAGACAAUUCCCAGCACAGUGAUCCAAUAGACACAGCAAAAUCCCCCUUAUUGGAGGAAUGUACAUUUAGAGGAUAAACGUCAUGGAUUAUUAAUGUUUCUGAGCCAUGUGACUCAUUUUAAGACAUAAAGGAGAAUAAUACGAGUCAUGAUGACAGAGAGAUCAGCUUUAUCUAAAAACUGAUGUCCUCAGUAGCAAUAUUAACUGUUUUAUGCUUACAGUAAAUUAACUACUUAUCACAGAGUUCACUUAAGUCCUUGGCUUCAUGUUGCUGCAUGUAUUUUUUAUGUUUUGAAUGUUUGGCAGGGGUUUGAACCUUGACCUGCAUGUAAGUCAAAAAUAGAUAUAAAGUCAAUAGCUGUGCAUUAAAAUAAAAGAUUCACCCCUA